UACACCGGGAUGAGGCAGAAGUCCAAAAGAAGGGAGGCAAGAGCUGAGCCCCCACUAACAAACCAUGGCCCCCUGUAGGAUGCACCCUCAAUGGCUUUUUAUUAGAAUAAUAAAUUCAAUGGUAGAAAAUUAGAUAUAACAGAACAUAUUGGAUGCAUUUACAGUUACUGGGAAAGGCCUUUUAUGGGUUGCACUUUAUUUCUUUUUUCUACAUAUUUUAUGCCGGGACAGGAGAGUUUAACACCUUUCCUAAACAUUUCUUUGCACUCUACUUGGCCUUCUUGUCACAUAUCUACUUUUCCAUUACUCUCACUGCUUCUAGUUACGGGACAGUAAGAAAUCUGCAGCUGGGAUCCCUGGUGCUUCUCUGGGACGCUUGUUUUUUUCUGUAGAACAAGCGUUGGAUGUGAGUGCUAAGACAUAGGGAGGUGUGCAGCACAGGGUGGAUUUCUUUCACCACUUCCACUGCUUGGUGUCUAGUGCUUCUUCCUGUGCACGGGAUGCAUAGAGGCAUGUGGGGUUCCCUGGGAGGAUGGCUUUUUGGAUUGCUCUCUCUUCCAGUCCUGGUGGCCGUGGUAUGUUGUGCUCAGAGUGUCAAUGAUCCAGGCAACAUGUCUUUUGUGAAAGAAACAGUCGAUAAAUUGUUAAAAGGAUAUGACAUUCGCCUGAGACCUGACUUUGGAGGUUCUCCAGUUUCUGUUGGGAUGAAUAUAGACAUUGCCAGUAUCGACAUGGUGUCUGAAGUCAACAUGGAUUACACUUUAACCAUGUACUUUCAACAAUACUGGAGAGACAAAAGGUUAGCGUAUACUGGAAUCCCUCUCAACCUUACACUUGACAACCGAGUUGCCGAUCAGCUGUGGGUUCCUGACACUUAUUUUCUAAAUGACAAAAAAUCUUUUGUACACGGAGUUACAGUGAAAAAUCGUAUGAUCCGCCUUCAUCCAGAUGGUACAGUUUUAUAUGGGCUGAGAAUAACUACAACAGCUGCUUGUAUGAUGGACCUAAGAAGAUACCCACUGGAUGAACAGAACUGUACCCUUGAAAUUGAAAGCUAUGGAUACACAACAGAUGACAUACAGUUUUACUGGAGAGGGGGAGAAAAAGCUGUGACUGGAGUUGAGCGGAUUGAGCUGCCUCAAUUUUCAAUAGUGGACUAUAAACUGGUGUCAAAAAAUGUUGUGUUUGCUACAGGUUCUUAUCCUAGACUUUCGCUCAGCUUCAAGUUAAAAAGAAAUAUUGGAUAUUUCAUUCUUCAAACAUAUAUGCCAUCCAUAUUAAUUACUAUUUUAUCCUGGGUAUCAUUUUGGAUUAAUUAUGAUGCCUCUGCAGCUAGAGUUGCUCUCGGAAUAACUACUGUGCUGACCAUGACUACUAUCAACACCCAUCUUCGAGAGACCUUACCUAAAAUUCCUUAUGUCAAGGCAAUUGAUAUGUAUUUGAUGGGUUGCUUUGUCUUCGUCUUCUUGGCCCUAUUAGAAUAUGCCUUUGUCAACUACAUCUUCUUUGGAAGAGGUCCACAAAUGCAAAAGAGGCUUGCAGAAAAGACAGCAAAGGCAAAUAAUGAUCGCUCAAAAUUUGAAAGCAACAGGGUGGAUGCCCAUGGAAACAUACUUCUAACAACACUUGAAAUACAUAAUGAAGUGACUGGUAAUGAAAUUACCACAAGUGUUGCAGAUGUUAGAAAUUCAACAACAUCUUUUGAUAACUCAGGAAUUCAGUACAGAAAACAGAGCGUAAGCCGUGAUGGGCUGGGUCGUCGCACAAUGGAGCGAAAUGUUCCAUUUGGCAAGAAGAACCAUUUAAGAAGAAGGUCUUCUCAGUUAAAAAUUAAAAUACCUGAUUUAACUGAUGUAAAUUCCAUUGAUAGAUGGUCGAGGAUGAUUUUUCCUACCACAUUUUCUAUCUUCAAUCUAAUCUACUGGUUAUAUUAUGUUAACUGACAUUCAGUAUUUUAAAGAAUCACUAGUUUGAGUGUAUGCAAAUUCAGUGAAAUUACUCAGAUGCAUACAUUUUAUGCCUAUGAAUGUAUGUACAAGCACAUUUUAAAUAUAUAUAUAUAUAUAUAUAUGUAUAUAUGUGUGUGUAUAUAUAUAUAUAUAUAUAUAUAUCUCACCUAUGGACUGUUUUUCAGUGUACAGCCACGUGGAUGAUUUUUAAGCUUGGAACAAUACAGAUCUUCUGGGAAAGAACUAUAUGCCUUGGAAACAUCUGAAACAUGUAACAUGUCUUAUAAUUCAUAUGCAUUUAUCGAUUUUUAAUCAAAAAUGAGUUUUCAAGAAAUGGAUUGCAACCAUUAUUUUCUCAAUGUUUGCAUUUACCAUAGUAAUCAUUAAUAUAUCUGUUUUGGUAUGCGGUAUUUAUUAGAAUGAUUGUUUCUAUCAUAAACUUUUCAUAUAAGAAACAUUUCCAUAAUAGAGUAUAACAUUUUCAUAUUUUAAGAAAAUAUAUAUCAAUCUUCACUUGUCAUUAACUUACGAAUUUGUUACGUCUUGCACAGGAAAUAAUGGUACAUAUGGAAAUGCUGUUCAUUAUAACAGUGUCUAGGAAUAACUAAAAUAACAUUGAACGCGAUCAAAUUGAGCUCCAUUUAUAUGGCCUACAAAAUAUUGUACAGUAUAUAUUUUUGCACUUAAAUGGUUCUAAUAAUCUUGUGGACGCUAUGCCCCACUUUUUAAAAUAUAUUGAGUAUUGAGA